AAUAGGCAAGACGCCGCGAACUAGCGAAUAACGAUUCAUAUUUUUUUAUUGGACAACAAAUAAAUUAUACCAGCUUCAAAAUAUGUUAGUUAAAAUAUAGUGAGAAAAAUAUAUUAUAUGAAAAUGUGGACGUAAAAUUUGCUUUCAAUCUUGACAUACAUAUUAUAUGCGCGAACAUAGAAUCUCAUAUUUUAUACGACUCAUAAGCAACAUUGUGUAAAAUAUUUAUUAGGUAUUUUUGAAUAUGUCGAUCGCCAUUGAAACGUACGAAUUUCAUGCGUAAUAUAUAUUGGUAACCUAGUUCAUUUAAUAAUGUCAAUCUCGUGAUUUUCGCUUAUCCUUGAAGGUUGAAUAGGUAGAUUUGUAAAAAGAACAUUUUUUUUUCAAUUUUGGCGGGAUUGCUGGCAUAUUGUUUUGUGGAUGUAAAACGGCGAACUGUCAGCUGUCGUCGCCUGGCCUCCUCGACGCCGUCCCUGGACGUGCAUGUUUCAAGGGUAUUUAUCAGCAAAAUUAACAGUGCAUUAGUGAAAUUUCAUGUGUGGUACGAUCCAUGUGGAGAUGUGAUAAUGCGUCGUGGAUAGAUGCGGAUAUGGAUGGCAUGCGAUCGUGCUCAAAUUACGAGGCCGGUUUUGACGCGUGUGAUCCGUUGGAGUCAGUGUUCGAGUGGUCAGGGCGAGGCCCAGCCAGAGUAUUGAGGCGGCGGUGCCGCAGUGAGGGCAUCGAAAGAUCCCCUUACGAGGAUGCAGCGCGUGAGUCGUGUCGAUCUGCCGAUAUCACCCAUCGCCACCGCGUUCUACCAAACAAGAGUCACUUUACGAUAAACAACGGUCACGAUUAUCGAAUUGAAAGAUUCCAUUACGAAUGCUCAUUGCCCGCUGCUGAAAACGGAGACUACGUAAUGGCUCACGAAUACGGUCGUCAUCAUGGGUAUCAACAAGGGAGAUCAACAUUUCAUAGAACAAGUCCUACAAGACCUAUAGUAGUAACAACACUGUCCAACUCAAAAAUUGAAGAUAGCCGUUUACCCAAAGUUGAGGAGUUGUUUGAAAAAGUAGACCAAGAAAUGAUGGAAGUUCCAAUGACAAAGCAACCUUUGAAGUCAAUACUCAAUAAUCCUUUACCAAAAUCUCCACCACAGGGUAUAUUAAAGAAACCAAAAAACAGAGUAUAUCAAGACAAUAAGUCAGUAGAGGGCCGAAGACGACAGCGAGCUUCUAGUGAAUCUGAUAAUUUCUAUUGUAGUUUUCAUAUAAGUUCACCCAUGCCUGGAUAUGACAGCCAAAUGUCAUAUUUGACUAAUAACAUGAAGCGUGCAAAAGACAAUUCAGGCACAGGCUACUCCUACGGAUCAGCAGUUGCUGCUCUGAGUUCAGUUCCGACAAAUAAAAAUAUAAAUUAUAAUAAAGGUGUGAGGUGUUCAUGCAAGGACCAAGUUAUAGUGACUCCAAAGGAUGAUUUAUACAAAAUGCAUGUGUUACGGACUACAGCAAUAAACAGUGAUACAGUAGAUGAUGUACCUGUGGUUCCAACGCCUCGCCAGGACACGCCCACCCGCCCCGCGGUGAGUCCCGCUCUGCCGGUGAGCUCGGUCACCGCGAUACCAGCUGUCAAAAAGCCCGCCAAAAAUAAAAAGAAGGCGAAAACGAAAAAGAUGCGCUCCAAUAGUAAAGUCGAUUGUCAUAUUAUUGAGGGGGAGGCUGAAGACUCACAUAGCCGUUCGCCAUCGCCAGACGCGGUCACGGACUCAUGGCAAAUGGACACGGACAUUACGGACAUUGAGAAGCUGGAGAAACCUCCGCCCAACGGCACGAAGAAUGUUCUGGAUCAGAACUCGGUCACAAAGCUGACUAAUAAACUCAAUGGGACGGUCAUGUCGCCGAAGAAAUGCCUUUCCAGAGAUUCACCGCUCAACCUACCAGAAACUCUGGGCAAUUGCCUUCGUCCAUCCCUAUUUCCACGUGUUCCGCCAUAUUUGAAGUUCAUAGCUCACGAUGACACGGUGCCGUUAAAAGUCCCCGGGGCUAUACAAAAACAUCUUAAAUGGAAGCUAACCACAAUCACACCGAUAGUUGUCAAGAAAACGCUGAUGAAUUCAGGCUUCCGAUUGGUUAAAAGCGAGUGUGAUACGUCUGAAUGUCCACAGGAAGAAACAGUAGAAUGGAUCGGUAUAUGGGGUAAGCACAUGAAAUCGUUGAUGUUUAGAGCGAUCAAGGACGGCCAGAAAAUGAACCAUUUCCCCGGCACCUUCCAAAUUGGCAGAAAGGAUAGGCUGUGGAGGAAUUUACAAAAGUUGUCAAAUAGAUUUGGUGUUGAUGAGUUUGGUAUAAUGCCGAAAACCUAUGUGCUGCCUCACGAUUUAAAGUUAUUGAAACAUGAUUGGGAGAAAUACGCAGCAAAUAAUGAGAGGUGGAUUAUCAAGCCGCCGGCGUCAGCUAGAGGCACAGGCAUAAAGGUAGUGUCACGCUGGGCCCAAAUACCCAAGAAGCGGCCGGUUGUGGUUCAGCGAUACGUGUCCAAGCCCUACCUCAUUAACGGUAGCAAGUUCGAUUUGCGCCUGUACGUUUUAGUUACGUCUGUCCAUCCGCUCAGAAUAUAUUUGUAUAAGGACGGCCUGGCGAGGUUUGCUUCAGUAAAGUACAAUUACGAAUUAACAUCACUCAACGAUAGAUACAUGCAUUUAACAAAUUACUCAAUAAAUAGAUUGUCUAAAAACUACACGCCUAAUGAGGACUUCGCGGCUUGCGAAGGACAUAAGUGGACGCUCCAAACGUUGUUCCAAUACCUAAAGACUGAUAAGAACGUAGACACGGACGCGCUUUGGGCAUCCAUAAAGGACUUAGUGAUAAAGACAAUUAUAUCCGGCGAGGCCAGUAUUAGCUCUCUAACCAAGGCCAACAUCACGUCUCGGUAUAAUUGUUACGAGCUAUUUGGUAUCGACGUGCUGCUCGAUGAGGAUCUGAAGCCGUGGUUGUUGGAGGUUAACAUAUCACCAAGUUUGCACAGCGCGUCUCCGCUGGACAUCCACGUGAAGGGCCCGCUGGUCACUACGGUGCUCAAUAUAGCUCAGUUUCAAGUGCCCGUUAAAACUAAUAUAGAAAUGCUGUCCAAGGAUAAACCUCAUAAAAUGGCCGGUUUACCAUACGAUAGCAGAUUGUACACGGUAUAUUUGUCAAAGGAAGAAAGAGAUAAACAUAUUAUAUAUACAAAUAUGGAAGAUCGUGAUAUGUACCUUCGAGACAUUCUAUCCACACUCACACCGGACGACGUGCGGCACCUCAUACAAGCUGAGGACGAGUUGACACAGACCGGCGAUAUGGAAAGAGUAUUUCCCACCAAGGAAUCCCACAAGUACCUAGGAUACCUAGCCGGGCCUAGGUAUUACAAUCGGCUCUUUGACGCCUGGGAGACGAGAUAUGCUGAUAAUCGAGAUCCUGGUCUGGAGCUGCUGCGCAACCUGUGCGACAUCGGCUACCACCUCGAAGUGCCGCCCGUGCCACUGAAGGGCAAAGUGACAAGCGCACUUAGGAGAACGUACCUUGGUUGUAAACGCGUCGCUCACAAAUGAUGUCGACGCGCCGUCGCCCGCGCCCUCGCUGCCCUCCCGCGGCUCGCUGGCCUCAGUGUCGGGUCGCGCGUGCGCCGAGGCGGUCGUGCCGUGCGCGCCC